GCCACAGCUGAUGUUUAUAGAAAUGAGGGUAAUGAGGCCUUCAAGAAAGGAGAUUUCAUCAAUGCUAUUCAUUUUUACACCAAAGGAAUUAAAAUGAACUGCAACGAGAAAGAACUGAAGGCCAAACUGCACAACAACAGGGCUAUUGCACAUUUUAAACUUGGUAAGAUGAUGAGAGCUUUAAUAUGCAUUUUUUUUUCUAUUUUGAAGCUAUUGAGUUGUCAGUAGUAGUUUUCUGAAAAAGGUGAUAAUUUUGAAUGCAUGCCCGGAAAAAUUUACCUCUUGUCUUGGCCUCUCAAAUAUACAAAGAAGUAACCUCUUACCCCAGAUAUCAACGAGCAUCACAAGUUUUUCUCAAAAUUAUAGUAAUGGUAGUUGGUUUGCAACAUGUAUGGCUAAUCAGAGAUAUUUAUUUCAAUAACAGGAAAUCACCAGGAUUCACUAAGGGAUGCAGAAGCAGCCAUUGAGUUAAAUCCAACUUUCCUUAUGGCAAUUGUGAGAGGUUAGAUUUGUUAGCUGUGCUAUAAUAAUAAUAAUAACAAAAGAACUCAACACUCUAAGGUGAAAUGAGGUUAAAUGGAGUUCAAUCUUGUCUCAAUGGACUUUAAUUAAGAGGUCGAGACCACCCUGAUGUACAUUUGAUCCAGCUCUUGAUUGCUACGCCAUUACUUCCAUUAAUCAUGAUGAGAAUAUUAUUUUGAACGGGAUGAAGAACUCAAUGUGGAAUGCAAAGCUAAAUUUCAGCAUGAAUAUUUUAGUUCCUUAAGUCCAAUGAGUCAGAGGUGUCAGAUAUAUUAAGAGCGUGUCCACGAGAUCACCGGGCGGUCGUGCUACAUGCCAUCUCACCGAUUUCAACGAAACUUUGGCAGUUUAAAGGGUCUACCCCAAAACUCAAAGAGACAAACUGGUUUCUGUUUUGGUUUUUUUUCCGGGGGGAGAUAGACCACCCCCCCAGUUUUUCUUGGUUUUCACCAAGGAAGUCGCUUCAAAUAGGUAAAAUGUAUGAAGCUCUCACUGCGAUGGUAUUUAACGGAUUACUUUGAGAAUUUGCACACAUAUUUUUACAUCCUUAGUUGAUGUCUGCUGCGAGUAUCAGUCAGUUUGAUUGACGGCUUGUCAAUCAACAGAGGCAAAUAUACGACUGUGUUUUUAGACUUUUCGAUUCAUCUAAAUAUUUUACAACUUUGAGGUCAAAUAUCUCCCGUUGCCAGAAAGCUACAACAGUAAUCUUAAUUACCCUUUAUAACCCAUCAUUUCAUCUCUGAAAAUCAUCAAAAAAAUCUAGGGCUGGGCUUGUGUCACAAUGGCGAUCAGUUGGCUCUCUCGGUGUAGCGCGUCUCUUGUCCUAGUAUUGUUAUUUGCAACAUCUCUAAACAUCUCAUCUGUACCCGAAAGGCUUUUUGAUGAUGGAAACUUGUUUCUGGCCCUUAAUUUAAACUCUGCCAGCUUUCCUGGACGAAACUCUGGUCUACCAAGACGCUCAACACGUAUUGCCUCGUCGCCAUCUUGGAAACUUCAAGCUUCGAUUUACUUGGCUAACGUCAGUCUUUCUGUCUCGUACUUACUGCUCUUAGUCGGGUAUGUGAGCUCCAACCCCGGUCCGGUGAAAGAUCCGUGUGCUAUUUGUUCUAAAGGAUGUCGCUCAAACCAAAGAGCUAUUCAGUGUGACGGUUGCGACAAAUGGCACCAUGCUAAAUGCUUGAACAUGGGCGUUGAUGAAUAUUAUUCUCUCGCAACUAAUGAAUCUUCUACCUGGAUGUGUUUUACUUGUCUGUUUCCUGGCAUAGACUGUUUAGAUGACUCUAAUUGCAAUACUACUACUCAGCAACGGUCAGACAAUAACGAUUUUCAUUCUGACGUUCGCAUGUUACGGGGUUUCAAGAUUGCUCAUUUAAACGUUAAUCGUUUGGUAAACAAACUCGAUCAUGUAAAGGAACUCGUUCACAAACACUCCUUCGACAUCUUGACUCUUUCUGAAACCUGGCUAGCUCCAAAUAUUUUGGACAAUGAGAUCACGAUACCAGGGUACUCGCUUGUGCGUGGAUAGACAGUGUUUGACCAAAAGUUGUGGUGGAGGAGUUUUAAUUUUCGUCCGGGAUGGAAUCCCCUUUAUCGUUAUGUCUGAUCUCAUAAAGCAUAACUUUGAAUGUCUGUGGGUGGAAAUCAAGAGACCUAAAUGCAAACGAAUGAUACUGUGUUGUUCUUACAGACCUAAUGAUGGGAACAUCGAUAGUUUUAUUUCAAAUCUAGCUGAUUCGCUAAAUUACAUCGACACUGAAAACUCCGAUAUUGUUGUGGUGGGUGACUUUAAUAUUGAUUAUUCCACCAAGAAUCAGUUACGCCGUAAACUUGAUGAAUUUGCAUUACAACACAGUCUUUCUCAGAUUAUUUGUAAACCUAUUCGGGUCACUGAGAAUUCUAGCACCACGAUAGACUUGAUGUUCGUUAACAACACUCACAGGGUCGUGCAGUCCGAUGUUCUGCAGUCAAGCAUCAGCGAUCAUAGCAUUGUGUUCCGUACUAUCAAGGGAGGUGUAAAGAAACUUCCACCAAAGUUGCUCGAGUAUCGUUGUUUUAAAAGCUACAACAAAGAAGCAUUCUUGCGUGAUCUCAGCAACUUACCUUGGAGCAUAAUCGAAAGUGCUAAUGAUGUUGAUGAUGCCGUGUUCCUCUGGGAAGGUCUUUUCAAUAGCAUUGCAAACGACCACGCUCCGAUAAAAUCAAAGCGUGUGAAGGGGACAAAGACACCGUGGGUUACGAACAAACUCCUCGAAAUUCGGAGUGAUCGAGAUUAUCACUGGAAACAGGCUCAGAAGUGUAAGAACUCGCAGUAUCACUGGCAAAUGUACCGAAAAUUGAGGAACUGUGCGAAUAGCGAGGAAAAGAAGCUGAAAUCGAAAUAUUAUUGUCGGCUGAUAGAAGAUGCUAAAGGUGACAGCUCCAAGAUGUGGAAAGCAAUUAAAGAGACACUUCCCUCUAACCACAAUGAAAUUAAAGCAGUUUUUGGUCAUGGAAAAUUGCAGACUGACCCCAAAGGCAUUGCAGAAACUCUAAACAAUCACUUUUCAAGCAUCGGCAAGAGCCUUGCAAAGGCCUUUCGUGGUUUAAAACCGACUCAGUACGAUGCAGUUCCUACCUUAUCGUUCUCUCUCAAGUAUGUGACGUCAGCCUUUGUUGAAAAGCAGCUGCGCCUAAUGAAAACCAAUAAAGCGGUAGGACUAGAUAACAUUAGUGCACGUUUACUCCGUGAUGCAGCAAAUGUACUUGCUUCACCUCUGCGGGAUAUCAUAAACCUCUCUUUUGAGAAGGGUCAAUUCCCAUCAUCUUGGAAAUGUGCGAAAGUGACUGCUCUUUUCAAAGAAGGUGAUAAGUCCGAUAAAGAUAACUAUCGUCCCAUUUCUGUCCUGCCCACGGUCAGUAAAGUAAUUGAGAGAGCUGUUCAUUCUCAACUUUACGGCUACCUUGACUCCAACAACCUGCUUGCUGUGAACCAGUUUGGCUUUAGACGUGCAAGAUCUACCGCUUUAGCUCUAACGCAGUUUACCGAUGAAGUGCUAAGUAAUAUGGAUAAAGGUUUAGUAAAUGGUGUAGUUUUUAUUGAUCUGAAGAAGGCCUUCGACACCGUUGACCAUGUCAUUUUACUCGGGAAGCUCAAAUCUCUAGGAUUACGCAGCAAGAAUCUGGAGUGGUUCCAUUCCUACCUAUCCUCUCGUUACCAGAAGACUGUGAUUGGUCAAGCCUCUUCUCCUGCGCGGAAGGUUUCCGUUGGUGUUCCUCAGGGAUCUAUUCUCGGUCCAUUACUAUUUUCCAUUUACAUCAACGAUCUACCCAAGGUCCUUCGGAACACUACGGUCACCUUAUUCGCUGAUGACACUGCUAUCUACUGCUCUUCUCAAUCAGCCCGUGACCUACAGACCAUGUUGAAUCAGGAUCUAGACAGGCUAGCUCAGUGGCUCUACGAGCAUAAACUUACACUAAAUAUCUCGAAGUCUAAAUUCAUGCUCAUUGGCGGUCCAAGGAAACUUAACACCUUAGAAGAAUUCACAUUAAUAAUCAAGGAGAAGGAGUUAGACAGAGUCAAUUCGUUCAAGUAUCUGGGCGUAAUUACCAAUGAGAAUCUGUCUUGGACUGAUCAUGUGGAUUACAUUAAGACCAAAGUGUCUCAGAGGCUUGGCGUUUUACAGAGAAUAAAACAUCUUCUGCCAAGAAAUACAAGGGAACUCCUUGUAAAAGCCACGGUGCUGCCAAUCCUUGAUUAUGCAGAUGUGACUUGGGGGGGAUAAAUCCAACACCACUCUGAUGAACAAGAUCCAAUUACUCCAGAAUAAAGCAGCUAAAUUAAUUUUAGAUAUGCCAAAGCAUUCAUCAGCAACAGAAGCUCUUGAUCUACUUGGUUGGGAUACAUUGGAAAAAAGGCGAAGAUCACAUCGUCUAUUUUUGGUUUUUAAGUCCUUGAAUGGACUAAUUGAUUGGAAUUUUAAUUUUAAUCAUUUUAAAGAUAUACAUGAUUAUAACACUCGUUUUAAUAACAACAUUUGUAAACCACAAUCAAAGCGUACAUGGGGUCAGCAUCGGUUUAUUUGUCAUGCAGUAGAUGACUGGAACGCUCUCCCAGACGGCAUUAGGAACAUUUCCGAUUUUUCAGUUUUUAGACGUCUUGUUAAAAACAUGUAGUCUCUUCUAAUGAUUAUACCCUUUUAUCCUAUUCUUGAUAACCAUAUUUAUAUUUUCUGUUAUCCUUACGUUAGAUUUAUGCAGGGCCUCACUGAAAACCACACUUUGUGACGUGGGCUCCCUGUCAAAAGAUCUUAUUUAUUAUUUAUAGCAGUUACAGUACGCGUUCUAUUUAGGUUUACAGUCACCUUGCCGCCACCAGAAAGACUCGCCACCAGCUUUGAUUUCUUCUGCCAUCUGCAGAUUCAUCUCUCUCUCACUUUAUGUCUCCGAUUUUUAUGAGGAGGAAACUGGCAUUUACGAACCCGAAGGUCUGAAUCUCACACCAAGUUGUGCACGAUAUUUGAGGUACAUCGUGAAAUCACGGCCUUCGUAAUCUCCAAAUAAGCCAAUACGCGCUAGAAUAAGCUCCAUCUCGGACGAAACGCAUGUUUGGGAUACAUAGAGGUCUCUCGAAUGUUUUUUUUUUAAAGCUGUAUACCCACGAAUUUAGAGGUAUGAGAUGUUGCCGUCCCUGGUCAGUGCGAGAAAAGUAACAUUUGGUUCUACAGUUAGUUGCAAAUGAACAAGACAACUGCACCAUCUUGACUUUAUCAAUUCGAGUGUUAGAUUGAAUUGAGGGCUUUUCAGACACUCGAUUUCUUAUAUGGCAUCACUAUGAAGACGUAAUACAACUGAUACACCUACACUACAUAGGAUUAACAUUGUCUGUUGCGCUGUUGCUAGAAGGAGGAAAAUAUGACCGGAAGUGUACGCUCUUUUUAAAAAGAGUUUCAGAGACGUUUCAGAGAUGUCUAUCUUUGAUCAGCUGUCACAAAAAAAUGACCCCCACUUCAAUUUACAAGGAAAAAUGAACUUACCAACUCCUUGUUGAAAAAAUUGGAAUUCAUUUAACCGAUACGCCGGUUGUUUCAAUUUUUCUUUUUCCUCGGGCUGCUAUGAAACAGUUCAUAAAUUGACUAAUGAAUAAAGUGUUUUGAAAUACCGUUCGGGAUUUGCCUUUUUUUUCUGCGUGCAAAUCAAGGGUAGACAAAGUUUUUAAACAUUUGACUAGAUUUUCAUGGAGUUCACCUGGAUAAUUUUCGUCGGCCAGAGUCAAGACGCGCCAAGCUAAGCGACAUCGCCCUCCAGUAAAAAAAUUUUCCAAAUAAUAAACGUGGCGAGCGUUAGGAAACGCACAUUUUUUUCAUCAUUGUCAUCAAAGCCCGAUGAUGUACCUAAAUUGGUACUUACGGUAUCAAACCAUUGAUUAUGACAGGGUGAGCUUAGUUUUUCUGUCGAGGUCGACGUGACUUCACAUUAAAAGCAUUUUUGACGGAACAAACUAGUAAGCAUCACUGCACGAACUGAGAAAGUAAAAACUUGUAUUUAUCUCCCACGCGUUUCGUCUGACAAUAGUAGACUUCAUCAAGAAUUUUUUCAAGUAGGGUAAAUAAGCUUGCUCAUAUACAAAUAGUAAAUAAGUUGUCUCUUUACUAUUGAAGUCAGUGGAUAGAAUACGCCAGGUGCACCUACUGUGUUAUACAUGCGUGACAUUUUCCGGACGUUACAUGUACGAGUACGUGAUCCGUUUAAGGGUCACAGAUUUAGUGUAAAUAUUUCACUCCUCAACAUCACCCAAUGUCUCUAGUUUGCAGAGGUCUUAGAACGUUUCAUUAUAUGGAGUUGCCUUCUGCGGGUAGAAGGCUAGAAGCGAAUUUCUUAGGCGUAAUUGCCUUUGAUUUCUCAAUUGAUGUUGUCGCAAACACAGUUUUUGGGAGUCACGAGACAAAAAAACUUAUUAGAACCUAGUUUCAUGUUCUAAUGGAAAUAAAUAGCAAAUAAAGAGAAAUAAAGUCACAAAUGAGGGGGGUUCUCUGAAACAAAUAGUGAUAGAAGAGGAUUUCAGUUCUGGUCAAUAUUGACUUUUCAAGGCCUAAUUCCAAAUCUGAGGGAACGUGCUGAGGGAAUAAAAAAACAUAAAUGUGUGAUAAUGCAAGCAAGAGAAUGAAAAUACAAAUAAAGAAAAAGGAGAAAACAUAGGAACCCGUGUUGCAGCGUGCAGAUAUCUUUUGAACCAGACCUACACACAUAAGCCCGACACCAGCCAGAGAAACUCGAAAGAGUCCUGUAUAUGAACUAGCUCGCACAUGCACGCAGGAAAGGCCAUGACAAUCAGCGAAAAUAAUAGCAAAUGCAGAUGACAUUUGCAGUCAAAAAACAGGAAAAUAAGAUAACAGAAGGAUUAGGAACUUUCUAGAAGUGCCUUCUUGAAAAAAAAGAUGAACAAUUUUUACUUCUCAUAAAAGGUCACGCAGUGACCCUACAAAUACUAUUCCUAUACGUGGAAUUUCUUGAUGGUGGAAAGUGGAAAAAACAUUUUCCAGUCUUAUUUUCUGGAAACACGGCGUAGUUAAUGAUUUUAUGGGGCUAUUGAUAUUUAACAAAUAGAGAAGCCUUGACUGUGCUCUGUUCUGUUAUAAAGCACGCAGGAAGCGGCUAGAGCACGAAAGAAGUGUAGGGAGAAACACGAGACGUAUUUUAUCAUAAAGAAUCCGUUAAAUUACCCAAGCAUUACUUUCAAUUUCCAAAACAAACUUUAUUUCCAAAGCGAACAACAAUGUCGUUAGCAUGCUCUAUACUCUCAUAAAGCACGCUACAAUAAGCCAAUCAGAAUCCCUGUUAGAAUGGUUCAAAUAAUCUGAUUGGCUGUACAAGACUAAAGCUGUCAAAAGUGUCAAACCAUCAAAGUUCAAAAACCGUCAAAGUUCACAUUCUACGAUAGUUUACAAAGUAAAAUAGUUCGGCAAGUCGAACUUAACACUUUUGCGUGAAGUUUUUGAGUCUCUAAUACAGAAUCUUGAAGUGAAAUGUUCAGUGAACUUCAGCCGAAUUAUGGCUCAUAAAAACACGCGAGUUUUUUCCACAUGACAAAGCAGAAAACAAACUGUUGAAGGCGAGUGUUUUUUGAAUGAACGACAGCCGAAUUCACCGGAAGAUCGAAGAUCGCUCGUGAUGACGGCGCCGCAAAACUCGGUUGCAGUGGCUGAUGUGAAUUGCCACUCAACGUAUCGGAAAGGAUAUCAUAGCAAGCUCUUAUUUUUUUCACUCGAAGGGCGGCCGAUGUAGUUUCUGAGGCUUGCUUUACUGUGAUGACCGGAGAUCGCCAUGAUGAGCGAGCCGCGAUGAACUUCAGCAUGAUCAUAUUCCCUCAGACACCGUCAUGAUUAGUAUGAAUUUUAACAAUUAUGCCAGUUUGGUUAUAUUUUUCAUAAUUUCUGUUUUGUUCUGUUUUGUUUUUGAACACUGAACUUUAUAUACUAUACGAGCUUUAGCUGUGUUUGAUUUUUAUUGCCGUACGUAAGCUUGCAAUCUAACUGAGCGUGAAAAUCUUUAAAACUCGGAAUGUUUAUUUUGUUUUUCCUUCGAGGAUUUUCGUAUCCGCUCACGUUUUAAUAACGUAAAUUACGGUGCCUGGUAUGUUUACAAACCUUUGUUUGAUUCUUCUGUUGCUACUUGCCGGCUAGCUUCAGUUUCGAAAUUCCAAUUAUCGAAAAAAAGCUGAAAAGAAGUCCCGGAAAAGGUCGAACUUAGUACAAUUGGCAGAUGGCGUGACAGCUCUAGCUCCGCUCUAUGCUCUAUACUCUCAUAGAGCACGCUCUUUCAACCAAUGACAGCGCGCGUUAUAUGCGAACUUUAUUAUAAUUCCUAACAAAUAAGGGGGGCAGAGUUUGUACGUCAACAAGCAGGCGACAUGUGACCUUAAAAUCUCCUCUCCUGUUACAGUUUCCUUGUUGUAAACUGUGCGAUAAUGAUAAUAGACGAUCAAAGUAUAGGCUAAUGAAUGUUUUGUUCUGCACAAGAGCCCUAUGUCCUGAUUUUAGCAAAUCUUCAAAGUAAUAAACGACUGAAGAAAGAAACGCUACGAUUUUCCCAUUGAUCUUCAGUCAACAUGCAUCUCUCUAAACGUGAAAUUUGCCAUUCCUACAAAUUAUCUCGAAAGUUUUUCACAUUUUUCACCUUUCUUGAGCAAUCAUCUUGUAUAAAGAAUUAAAAAAUGUAGGUUUAUUUUGUCAAGUGACCGCUUAGAGCAAGAAUUGCGUGACAGGUGUAGUUGAGAGAAACUUGUCACAGUUGCAGAUUUUAAAAAGUAUCCAAGGCAAAAAUACGAUAGUGCCCAAAUCAUUUUUUUGAUGAUUUUCAGAGAUGAAAUGAUGGGUUAUAAAGGGUAAUUAAGAUUAGUGUUGUAGCUUUCUAGCAACGGGUGAUAUUUGACCUCAAAGUUGUCAAAUAUUUAGUGAAUAAAAAAGUCUAACAACACCAUCGUAUAUUUGCCUCUGUUGAUUGACAAGCCGUCGAUCAAACUGACUGAUACUCGCGGCGGCCAUAAAUUAAGGAUGUUAAAAUAUGUGUGCAAGUCUUCAAAGUAAUCGGUUAAAUACCAUCGCAGUGAGAGCUUCAUACAUUUUACCUAUUUGAAGCGAUUUCCUUGGUGAAAACCAAGAAAAAGCGGGGGGUGGUCUAUCUCCCCCUGGAAAGAACCAAAACAGAAAUCAGGCUGUUUUUUGGAGUUUUGGGGUAGACCCUUUGAACUGACAAAGUUUCAUUGAAAUCGGUGAGAUGGCAUGUAGCACGACUGCCCGGUGCUCUCCUGGACACGCUCUGAAGUCACUAUCUAGCUGUUUUAAAAAGAAGGAUCAGGACUUACCUAACUUUUAGUGUUUUUGUGGGAGUUGUUGAUCCUAAUUUAAGUGUUCUUAGAAGUUUCAGUUGUCUGUAAGGCUAAAUAAAUCUAACUGAAACCUAAUAGGGCCUGUUUAUUCUUUUCCGUUUAGUUUUUUGUAUUGUUUUGUUUUGUCUUUUUUUUUUUCUUCUGGUCUGUAAUGAUCGAUUUCAAUGGUUUCAGGUUCUUUUCUCAGAAUUGAGCUACAGUAAUAGUAUGCUUCUUUGUGUUGUUGCCUACAGGAGCCACUGCUUGUGUUGAAUUGAAGAGAUUUGAAGAAGCAAUCACUUGGUGUGAUAAGGGACUAGCUGUAUCCUUUGAAGGAAUCUUUCAUUUUUAACCGUGGGUAUAAUGGAAAAAAGUUUCCAUAAUUUGAUGUUUCAAGGGAGAAAAUACAAAGAAGGGUAUUAAUUAUGAUGGGAACUUGUCAGCUCAUAUACUUUAAGUGUGUGUGAUUAAAAACAUAGGAGAAGUUAUUACCUCAUGACUCAUUAAUGAAAUUACUCCUUUUAGCCAAUUUGACUUAGUUCUACUAUCCAUGCCAAUAACUGGUAGAUUAGUUUACAUAACCCUUUAAUUUCCCAGACCAAAUUUGUAAUUAUUCUUACUGUCAACCAUACAAUUCUUGUAAUGUUAGUAUAGAGAAUUGAGUAUUGCAUCAACUAACUAUUUUAAAUUGAUAUAUCUAUUUUACUCUCAACACUUAUCUGAUUGAUAUUGUAUUGCUAUUGUAAGGAGAAAUUCUCUUUUGGUCACUCACGGGAGUUAAAGGGUUAGAAGACUAAAUUUUAUCCAGUUUAUACAUAGUACUUGGGUAGAUGAUCUCUCUAAAAUAAGCCAAAACAAAAAGCUCGGUAAUGUUUACAUUACUUAUGCAGAUUUUCUUGCCUUCGACCUUUUGCCACUACUUAGAGACUCGGAAACUUUCGUUGUGCUUUCCUAUGGACAAAUAAAAAUUUUAAAGACAUGUAUUUGUGUUAUAGACUCAUUUCUUCCACUGCUGUAAAGCAUUUGUCAGAUGUUAAAGCUAUAUUAAUUUAGAAAUUGAGCAAGUGCUGCUCAGUUUUUGGAAACUAGGGAUUAAAUCUAGAUAUUGUGCGUUAAAUUUUGAGGCUGCACACAGAAAAAACACUUUUUUUGAAGUGUAGAUUUACUUCAUAACUGACUUUAAGACUGAAUGUUGAUAAAUCUUCUACCUUUCAUGCAAAGCCCUCCUAAUGGGCCAUUUUAUAGUUGUGUACUUAGUUGCCAAGCCUUUGAUUUGGAGUGAGGCUGAAGUUGACCUUGUUGUGAUAGAGACCAGUAUCUAGAAACGAUAAUAACAAAGUAGUUUGCAUUUAAAAGGCAGCAAUGUUUUUAUCAUAACAAGGUCACCCUUAAUCAACCUUCUUGUUCAGAGGUUUGGGAACCAAGCACGCAAAUGUUAAAAUGGACUAUUACAUAUUAAUAUGAUCAGAAACAUAAUCUUUUUUGUUUUUUCCACAUUUUUAACCCUUAACAUAAAAAAGAUUGACAAAAACAAUAGGAUCUUGUUGUCAUUAAGACUUCAGUCUGUCAGUGAAGUGAGAGAUAAAUCCAUGGAGGAAAAAGAUACUAUUAGUCAUGACCACGGUAGUGCAAGUUCAGGUGAUGUCAAGAAAGUCAUAGAUCUCUAUAAUCGGGGAGAAAAAGCCAUAGAGUACCAGAACCUACAUCUUAAAAAAGCUAAAGAAGUAGGAGACAAGCAUGGAGAGGGUAAGGCUUAUGGCAAUCUUGCCAAUGCUUAUCACCGUCUGGGUGAUUUCAAAAAAGCCAUAGAGUACCAGAACCUACAUCUUAAAAUAGCUAAAGAAGUAGGAGACAAGCAUGGGGAGGGUAACGCUUAUGGCAAUCUUGGCAAUGCUUAUCAAAGUCUGGGUGAUUUCAAAAAAGCCAUAGAGUACCACAACCUACAUCUUAAAAUAGCUAUAGAAGUAGGAGACAAGCAUGGGGAGGGUGUUGCUUAUAGCAAUCUUGGCAAUGCUUAUCACUGUCUGGGUGAUUUCAAAAAAGCCAUAGAGUACCACAACCUAGAUCUUAAAAUAGCUAAAGAAGUAGGAGACAAGCAUGGGGAGGGUGGUGCUUAUGGCAAUCUUGGCAAUGCUUAUCAAAGUCUGGGUGAUUUCAAAAAAGCCAUAGGGUACCAGAACCUACAUCUUAAAAUAGCUAAAGAAGUAGGAGACAAGCAUGGGGAGGGUAACGCUUAUGGCAAUCUUGGCAAUGCUUAUCAAUGUCUGGGUGAUUUCAAAAAAGCCAUAGAGUACCACAACCUACAUCUUAAAAUAGCUAAAGAAGUAGGAGACAAGCAUGGGGAGGGUAACGCUUAUGGCAAUCUUGGCAAUGCUUAUCUUAGUCUGGGUGAUUUCAAAAAAGCCAUAGAGUUCCACAACCUACAUCUUAAGAUAGCUAAAGAAGUAGGAGACAAGCGUGGGGAGGGUAACGCUUAUGGCAAUCUUGGCAAUGCUUAUCGCCGUCUGGGUGAUUUCAAAAAAACCUUAGAGUUCCACAACCUACAGCUUAAAAUAGCUAAAGAAGUAGGAGACAAGCAUGGGGAGGGUCUUGCUUAUGGCAAUCUUGGCAAUGCUUAUGGCCGUCUGGGUGAUUUCAAAAAAGCCAUAGAGUACCACAACCUAGAUCUUAAAAUAGCUAAAGAAGUAGGAGACAAGCAUGGGGAGGGUGGUGCUUAUGGCAAUCUUGGCAAUCCUUAUCGAAGUCUGGGUGAUUUCAAAAAAGCCAUAGAGUACCAGAACCUACAUCUUAAAAUAGCUAAAGAAGUAGGAGACAAGCAUGGGGAGGGUAACGCUUAUGGCAAUCUUGGCAAUGCUUAUCACCGUCUGGGUGAUUUCAAAAAAGCCAUAGCGUACCACAACCUAGAUCUUAAAAUAGCUAAAGAAGUAGGAGACAAGCAUGGGGAGGGUGGUGCUUAUGGUAAUCUUGGCAAUGCUUAUCACCGUCUGGGUGAUUUCAAAAAAGCCAUAGAGUACCACAACCUACAUCUUAAAAUAGCUAAAGAAGUAGGAGACAAGCAUGGGGAGGGUUUUGCUUAUGGUAAUCUUGGCAAAGCUUAUGACCGUCUGGGUGAUUUCAAAAAAGCCAUAGAGUUCCACAACCUACAUCUUAAAAUAGCUAAAGAAGUAGGAGACAAGCAUGGGGAGGGUGGUGCUUAUGGCAGUUUUGGCAAUGCUUAUGGCCGUCUGGGUGAUUUCAAAAAAGCCAUAGAGUACCACAACCUACGUCUUAUAGUAGCUAAAGAAGUAGGAGACAAAUCCAUGGAGGCAACGGCCUACUAUUCAUUAGGAUGGGUUUUUGAGUUGCAAGGUGGACUGCCAAAAGCCGUUGAACAUUACCAAGCUAGCAUAAACUUAUUCAAUUCCUUGAGAGUACUUCUAAUAUCUAAAGAUGAGUGGAAAGUUAAUUUUCGAAAUCAGCAUCAAGUGGCGUAUACGGGUUUGUGGAGAGUUCUCGUAGAACAAGGUAAUGUAGAUGAAGCCUUAUUUGUUGCUGAGAAAGGACGAGCUCAAGCUCUGACCGACCUCAUGGAAUCCAGGUUUUGUGGUGGAACAAGUCACCACAAGGGAGAAGAUGAAGAUUGCGCAGUUUUAAAAAACGUUCCAUCAAACACUGUCUUUCAGGCAGUGGACGAAGCUAACGUCCAUCUUUGGGUUGUGUCCGAAGGAAAACAAGUUCAGUUAAGACAAAGUAAACUUAAAGGUUUUGUUUCAGAGAAUAGUGGAUCUAGCCUGUCCUUUGAGUCGUUCAUGCUCGGUGUCUAUACACAACUUGGUGUUCGUUCUAAUGUGAGAUGCGAGAAUCGAUCUUUAGAUGCUUUGAGGGAGGGCCGUUCGAAAGUGUAUGAGAAAACCAAAGAAGCCAAGCCUCAACCUCACAUCCAACAAGACGGAUGCUUGAGCACUUUGUAUGAUAUCGUUAUGAAGCCGGUGGCUGACUUGAUUGAAGGGGAUGAGCUACUCAUUAUUCCUGAUGGACCCCUGUGGAUCGCUCCUUACGCUGCAUUGAAGGAUGGUAAUUCUAAAUACCUGUGUGAAUCGUUCACAAUCCGAAUCGCUCCAUCGUUAGCAAGUCUUAGACUCAUUGCCGAUUGCCCAGAUGAUUAUCACAAAAGCAGUGGUGCGUUACUUGUAGGAGAUCCGUGGGUAUCCGAGGUUACUAACAGCGAGGGAAAGAAAGUCUUCGAGCAGCUUCAGUAUGCUAAAAAAGAAGUAGAUAUGAUCGGAAAAAUUCUGAAUAUCACACCAAUCACUGGCAGUCAGGCCACAAAACGUGAGGUGUUGAAAAGACUCGGUUCCGUUUCCCUAGUUCACUUUGCGGCACACGGAUGUAUGGAAACUGGCGAAAUUGCUCUUACACCUGACCCAGACCGAAUAUCUACUGUGCCAACGGAGGAGGAUUACAUUUUAACAAUUGGAGAUGUGUUGAAUGCUCAACUUCGGGCCAAACUUGUUGUGCUUAGUUGCUGCCACAGCGGCCGGGGCGAGAUCAAGGCUGAAGGUGUGGUUGGCAUUGCGCGCGCUUUUAUGGGGGCUGGUGCUCGGUCUAUUGUGGUGUCCCUGUGGGCGAUUGAUGACGAGGCUACUCUUGAGUUCAUGAAAUACUUUUAUCAACAACUUGCAGGAGGUAAACCAGCAAGCGAGUCACUGAACCUGGCCAUGAAAAGCCUCAGAGAAUCAGACAAGUUCUGCGACAUCAAACACUGGGCGCCCUUUUUGCUGAUUGGAGAUGACGUCACUCUUGACUUCAAGGCAAAGGAAAGAGAAAAUUUGAAUAUGAAAUCACAUAAAUAA